UAAUAAUAUAGAUAUACCUCCUCCAUGAUAGUCCAAUCAGAUGUUACCAACAGUGGAGCAUUGGGGACCUGAUGCGCAGUGAGAGCCACAUGCAUAUCCAAGCUCAUUGAAUCAAUGCUUUGCUAUGGGGGUUUCCGCGUCAUGUGACUUGAGUUUUAUUCAGUCAGUGCUGCAGAAGCGCCUCUAGUGGCUGUCAGUAUGCUAGCCACUAGAGAAGGAUUUAUCCCCGCAAUGUAAACAUUGUGGUUUCUUGUUUUAUAUUGCAGGGUUAAAAGGACAGAAUCACUGCGCCAAGACCAUUUUGAGAUGGGUGACUUAGUGGUCUUUUAACACAUGAUAUUGCUCGCUUGCGGCAGUUUUAUCUGGUUCUAUGUAGUCCUGCAUUUAAUACAAUAUGAACCGCUAGGAAUGCAAUGCCCUGUGUGUUAUCCUGAAAAUCUAGUUUGUCUGCAGUUUGAUAUUUCAGUAAAAUAAAACCAAAAACUUUCUGUAUUGAUAAUUAAAGAGUGGUUAAGACUGAUGAGCUAUUAUCAGUUAUUGAACACCUGAACCUGCCCAACAUAUGACAGGCAGCCAUCGGAGUAUGGCCAGGGUUACCCUACCGCAUGACAUUACUACUCAGGGUUAUACGCUGAAGUGAGAAUUCAAGGUGAAUUUCAGAUUUAAGGCCAAAGUAGUCAGACUGGAAGCAGAGCUGAUUUAGAGAAUGUCUAACUAGUUUUUCCUUGAAUUUGAAAUUUACGUUGAAUUCUCAUUUUAGUGGAUAACCCUGGCAUUGUCAUGUUUAGGUCCAUACCUGCAAUUAAUGUGCCAAUUUGAAAUAGCUCAGCUGGUUGAAAAGGGGACAUUUAUAAUACAACUUUAAAUUAUUACUAGAUAAACAAUCAUGUUUGGUUCAUUUUGAAAUUUGUAUUAUAACGUAUUGGUAAUAAAAAAAUAAAAAGUGUAACAAUGUCUGUUUAUUUGAUAAACCCUAAUGACCCUUUUCAGCUGAUGAGCUGGAUUUUUAAUAAAUACCCAAAUAUUCAGUAAGUAGUGCUUACACUAGAGAAAUAGAAAUGUGCUGCACAGACUAGUCUGGAAAUUUUGGGGACAUUGACAAGGGAACUGCAAUGUGUAGGUCACAAUAGCUGACCUUCAAACAUUCUCCAUUCCUUCGUCAAUUCCCCACAAUUGCCAAUUAAGUUAAAAAACAAAACAACAACAACAAAAAAAAAAACAUUCUGUACAGGUGUUUUAUCCUCUACUCACAGCACAGAGGUUCAGCCCAUCCUGUGUGCCACUUUGAUGCUAUCUGAUACCUAACCGCUAUCCUAUUUCCAGCACAUUGAAAACAAGGAUCAGGUUAUCUGCAAAAAGUAAUUUUACCUGCAAAGCCCUCGCCAAAAGCAGCUGGUUGCAGGGUUUGGGGGGUACAAUAUCCAUCGACUGAAGGCACGUUAUAUGACAUGAAAAUUCAGCUACAAAAGUCAUCUGUGCAAGUCAUUUCUUAUUACAAUGCAGGUAAGUGCGAAUGUCAUUUAGCUAAAACAAUACUUUAUGGCAGAGAGUGUAUUAUUUAAGGAUGGGGUUGCAGCUAAAUUCUGAGACGUUGAUAAAACAAUCAGAUCUUUUAGACGUGAAAUUGAUUUCUCACUAGAUCAACUGACUAUGUCCUUUUAAAUUAAUAUGACUGUAGCCCAUAGUAUUAUAAAAAGGCUGUCUAAAAGAAAAUGUCACAUUGCAGUGCAGCAAUCCACAACAGAAACUCUGUUGUUCCUUUCUCUUAUUGUUUUGUCUUAACACUUUCAUGGCUUACAUACUGUAUUAAUAUGUAAAUUGGCACAAAGAGUUCCAGUUAAUUCAGCAUGUCUCAUUAGCCUACUGCUAAAUGAAUUCACAGACAAUUAACUUUGCUUACGAUGGUGACCGUUUAAAGGGCCAUAUACACAUUAAUAGAAAUGCUUUGCAUCCUUACAAGUCAACGUUAAUCUCCUUCUAAAAAUUCUAGUUUCUUCAAUACUAGAGAAAUUGUACAUGAAAUAUUCAAAAGGCCCAGCUCCUGUGACAUUGGCAUGGCAUUAUGGGGAUUGUAGUUUAUAAACAUCUGUGGGGUCUUCUUAUAUUAACCUCAAGAAUUCUUUAGAUGCUCCAUAUUCAUACAUAUUCACAAAACAAAAAAAAUUAUUUACCUUUUACCAUUGUGCGUCUUGGGAUUAUUAAUAUUCGUGUAAGUAACGCACAUUGAUACUGAUUGAGAUGGGGAGUUUAGUGAAUGGGCCAUUUGCAAAUGUUUUUCUAAAUCAAAUGUGUAGUUCAGUUAGAAGAUAAAUGUGAAAUAUUUGAAAGAUUUUUCUCAUGUUAAAUAUUGCAUAGCUUUAGGUAAAUUCUGUUAAAUACAUUUCAUCUUGUCCUAUCCUAGGUAACAUUCUGCCGGCUACGUACUCACCAAUGGUGUUUCAUCCUAUUCAAUAUUGUCCUCUUCCAUGCCCUUCUAUUUGGAGCAGACUUCAUGGAGGAAUAUUUUCUUCAGUCUCCUCCCUUUUCCUAUACAGAUGCAAAAUUCAUGGAAAUUCGAGAACAGGCCAGAAAAUUGGACUUGCAUCUCAUGAAAGACAAUAUAUCCAAGUCAUAUUUAAUUAGCGGUCCAGAUGUGUGCUCGGAACGAGAGGUCUUCUUGCUAUCUGUAGUAUUCUGUAGCCCUGAGAAUAAGACCAGGAGGAGGACAAUCAGAGAUACUUGGGGUAAUGUAACAGCCUACAAAGGUAGGGCUGUAAUCACAAUCUUUGCUUUGGGGAUGCCGGUCUCGGAAACCAUCCAAUCUGAAAUUGUCAAUGAAUCACAAAUAUACAGCGACAUAAUUGAAGGAAGCUUUCUAGAUACCUAUCACAAUGAAACAUUGAAGAUGAUCAUGAUGAUGGAAUGGGUGGUUACAUUUUGCCCCACUGCUAGGUUUGUUCUUAAGACUGAACAAAAUAUGUUUGUCAACAUAAAAAGCUUGGCUGACUAUCUGCUUGGUUUGGAAACAAAUUCUGAAGAUCUGUACACUGGACGAGUGAUCCACCAAAGUUUACCAGACAAGGAUCCACAGAGUCCCAACUUUGUCCCAGUAUCAUCUUACUCAGAAACAUACUACCCGGAUUACUGCAGUGGGGCUGCCAUGGUCAUGUCUCAAGAUGUGGUCCGUAAGGUCUAUCUUGUGUCAGAGCUGGUCACCACUUUAGUACCAUCUGAUGUCUUUGUUGGCAUUUGUGCUCUAAGAGCAGGAAUUCUUUCUACUCAUAGUUCUCGAUUUUCAGGCACACGGCACAUCAGAUAUAACAGAUGUUGCUACAAAUUCAUUUUCUCUUCUUCCAUAGAGGAUGAUAGAGAACUGUCUUCUGCUUGGAGAGAUAUGAAUGAGGGAGAAGACUGUACCGUGAUGAAAACGUACUAUGGCCUAGUGUCCUGUAAAGUCUGGACAUACAUCGAUAAGCUCAAUUAUUUUAACAAGGACAUAAAGGAUAGUGCAUUAUCUUUCUAAUUUGCCUCCUUGUGCAGAAGUUUCAAGCAGUCAUCUUGGCCAAUGAAGAAAGACAGAGAAAAGACUUAACACAUACAACCAGGUGUAUCUGCUCAUUUCUCCCACAAUAAUGAGAAUGUGAUUAGCUUUUUACAAAAUUCAUUCUACGUUAGUUUUGCACGAUAUCUCUGUAUGGUAUAGGAUAGAAAAUCGUGAUUUUACC